AUGACAAUCUCUACACCUACAUUCCGAAGUCGAAGUUCCUCCUUAUCAUCCAUAAAAUCAGUUGUUAGUACCGCUCUAUCCUACCUCAUACCAUCCCGACAAAGCAAUACUCACUCCAGAUCAAAGCCUGAAUUACCUUCCAUCGAUACAUCCUUCUCACCUAGAAUAGAAUUAAGACCAUCCGACAAGACCUCAACGGAUGUACGACCUUCUCAAUCGAAAAUUCCAAAUUUCAGUAGACAUUUAAACAGACAUGACUCAGGAUAUGCGCCUAGUUCUGGUUCAAUUACUGCCACUUCAUCAUCCAUUCGUAAGGCUCCUAUUGACGUUUUCUACGGAGGUGAAGGGAAGAAUUCAAGAUCAUAUUCGACCUCAUCUUCCAGUCGCCCCUCGCUGUCACUAAAUGCUUUGAGCUCCAAUGGGAGUGUGGAUGAUCUACAUGAUAGGGGUAGAGUGACCACCCCUCAUUAUUAUUCCAGAUGGCGGACGGGAGAGGAAGAUGAUCAAGAAGAAUGGCGACAUACGCCUACUCCACGUACUUCAUCUGACAGAUGGUCCAAUGAUGAUGAUGAAGAUGAUGAUUAUUAUGAUUAUCGGGAAGAGGAAUCUAACGAUCCACCUCCGGGUACCUUCAUAGGAAAUACAGGAAGAGAAAGGAGUAAUACGAGUUUUAGUCUCCUCUCUCAACAGUCAGACGACUCCUGUUCUUCGAAUGGGAUAUACAAACCAAGGAAAUCGCUGAAUCGAAGGAGUUUAGACAUUCUAAGUUCAUUAAACUCACGUCUAUUAUUCCGUAGUACCCCAAAGGUAAGAGAACUCCCUGAAAGAAAUAGAUCUUGGCUUGGUGAAGAUGAUGCUUUACCUGAACCCCUGAGGAUAUAUCCUCCUAAAGCAUCUUCAAGUGACCAGGAAGAAAGCAGCAGUGAGCCCUACGACGAUCAUUCAGUAUCUCUGAAACGAAUCGAUCACAUCCGAGAUCUAAGUCAAAAUUCAGAUGACGAAUCUGUAAAGACAGGUAGUGUUAGUGCAAAUGAAGGUACUCAUACACAUCACAAAUGGCGAGAUAGGUUGAAACGGACAUUCUCGAGAUCCUCUUCGAAAAGCGAUAUGUUCUCAGGAGGGAAUGGACGUAGAAGAUCGAUGAUAGGUUCCAUCAUGGAUAUCUUGAGUGGAAAUACUUCAAAGACCAGUUUAUCCGAAGUCGCAGAUGAUAGGCCGAAAAUUGAGCCAGAUGAUGUGGACGGGUCGUCAGUGGGAAUUAGACCUUUGUCCAGGACAAGCAGUGGAUUAUCGACAGCUACGACGAGGUUGAAGAGGAUCAAAGGUGAUUUGAUGGAACUUUUCAGUGGAUUCACCAAGUCUUUACAUGGAGCAGAUGAUAGUAAGAUAAGAGAGAAAGGCGAGGAACCCCCAUAUCCGAACCUAGAUUUUGAUGGCCCGACUGAUAGCUACGAGUCUGCGAUUAUCACCAACAAAGAGACCCCAGCUCAGGCAUAG